AGCUCCUGGGCUUUUUUUUUAUUAUUAUUUAUUUUAUUUUUUUAUGACAGCGCGUCACACACUCGUGUGUGUUUUGGGGAAGUGCGCGUGUGUGAAGAAGAAGCUUUCGGCUCGCCUGCCAUCUGAUUCACAGAGACAUCUGAUGGGGAAAGACUGAGCGCCGCUUCAAUGCGGAUUUCUAUUUAAAUGAAAGCGCUUGGCUGCAGCGGCACACCGGCGGAACCGGCACCGAUGCGCCCCCGACGCGCUCCCAUUUCUAGGCAAACAACAACAACAAUAACAAAGUGUAAACCGUUUUUGUUUAUCUGCACAACAAGGAUGGACUGAGACGCGUUUGAAGGAAGACGUGAAAAGCUCCAGCAGGUCAGUGAUCUGUAUUUUUCGCCUGUGCGCGUUUGGAUAAAUGAUAGGAGAUACGAUGACCCUGCUGUCUCUACUGGGCCGGAUCAUGCGCUAUUUCUUACUAAGACCGGAGACGUUGUUUCUGCUGUGCCUGAGCCUGGCUUUAUGGAGCUAUUUCUUCCACACCGACGAGGUGAAGACUAUUGUGAAGUCGAGCCGCGACGCCGUGAAAAUGGUCAAGGGCAAAGUGGCCGAGAUCAUGCAGCACGAGAGGUUCGGCCUGGACCAGGCGGAGAUCUCCAAGAGCUGGGAGCUGAAGAGCCCCGGCGCCGCCGUGUACGCCAUCCAGGGGCGCAGAGAUCACAUGGAGGACCGUUUCUCCGUGCUCACCGACCCGGUCAACCGGAGCCACCCAUCUAUUUUCGGGAUUUUCGAUGGGCACGGUGGAGAGGCAGCAGCCGAAUACGUGAAAACUCGCCUGCCAGAUGUCCUGAAGCAGAACCUACAGAGUUAUGAGAAAGAAAAAGAAAACAGUCUUUUAUCGUACCAGUCCAUCCUGCAGCAGCAGAUCCUCAAUGUGGACAAGGAGAUGCUGGAGAAGCUCUCUGCCACCUAUGAUGAAGCAGGAACAACAUGCCUGGUGGCGAUUUUGUCUGAUAAGGAACUGACAGUAGGUAACGUCGGUGAUUCCAGAGGAGUUUUGUGUGAUAAAGACGGUAAUGCCAUCCCCCUGUCAUAUGACCACAAACCCUACCAACUCAAAGAGCGCAAGAGGAUCAAGAAAGCAGGUGGAUUCAUUAGCUUCAACGGCUCAUGGCGCGUGCAGGGAAUCCUGGCUAUGUCUCGAUCUCUGGGCGACUACCCGCUUAAGAAGCUAGACGUGGUCAUCUCUGAACCUGACAUCGUGACAUUUGACCUGGACAAACUGCAACCCGAGUUCAUGAUCCUGGCGUCGGACGGCCUGUGGGACGCCUUCAGUAACGAGGAGGCCGUGCGCUUCAUCCGCGAGCGCCUCGACGAGCCACAUUUCGGAGCCAAGAGCAUCGUCCUGCAGGCGUAUUACCGUGGCUGCCCAGACAACAUCACAGUCAUGGUGGUUAAAUUCAAAAAGAGUGGCACCAAAGCGCCCGAGCAGUGAACCCCCUGUCUGAUACGUACUAAUAAUAUAUUCAGCAUUAUCGGUAUGACUUCCAGUCUAUUCGGAUAUAUUAUUGGCUCAUACGUAAAGAUGCAAAAGGAAAACCGUGUCAUGACUAUUUUUGGAGCAAGAACUGUUUAUAAAAUAAAAUCAAAUUAAAGUCAACUCAUCAUCAAUCAUUCCAUUACGAAAUGUUCCUAAAUUCUUUGUUUAAAAUAGCGACGGUGGUGAGAACCUUGAUGAAAAGCUACAGCUUGUGUAAUGGAGUAACAGAUUCAAGGGUUCAUAACUUUUAAAAAAUAAUAUUUUAGCCUCAGCUUCAUUUAUUUAUGUUAGAGAAUUACUAUUAUCAGGAAUUACUAUAAUAUGAAAGUGAACAAUGUAUGACCAGGGUGUGGGAUAUAAAGUGUUUAAAUCGUGACAGAUUUGACAGGACGGUCGGGUAGAAUUAGUUUUGACGUCGAUAAUUUCCUAAGGCAAGACACCACAGGUCAUAAAAAAAAUGUACUUUUUUUUUUUUU